UUUCCCAUGGGUGGGUGGCAGAUGCUCUCCCCAUGUAGGGCAGGAUGAUGUGUCAGUGUAAAGCCCAUGGACGCACGAGCGCAUCCUGGCAGUUCGGCUUCCAUGGACAGAUGUUCCUCCUCUUUGGCUCGGAGAAUGGAACCUGGACAGUGCUUCAACCUGGAGGCAGACGGAUGAGAGACAUGUGGGAGAGUGACAGGGACAUGACUGAGUUCUUCAGAAAGAUCUCGACGGGAGACUGCAGGAGAUGGCUUGAAAAUUUCUUGGUCCACUGGUUGAAAACGCAGGAGACAACAGAUGCUUGCUCGUUUUGCUAUGACUUAACCAUCAUUCCUGAGCCCAGACCUGGACAACCAUGGUGUGAGGUUCAAGGCCAGGUAGAUAGAAAGACUUUUCUUUCCUAUGACUGUGGCAGCGAUGAGGUCAAAUCCUUGAGUCUCCUGGGAGAGGAGGUGAAUGACACGAGGGUCUGGCAAGAACAGAUGGAAACGCUGAGAGACGUGGGGGACUUGCUCAGACAGCAGCUCCCUGACAUUGAACUGGAGAAAUACAUGGACAGGGAUCCUCUCCCCCUGCAGGGCAGGAUGAUGUGUCAGUGUAAAGCCCAUGGACACACGAGUGCAUCCUGGCAGUUCGGCUUCCAUGGACAGAUGUUCCUCCUCUUUGGCUCGGAGAAUGGAACCUGGACGGUGCUUCAACCUGGAGGCAGACGGAUGAGAGACAUGUGGGAGAGUGACAGGGACGUGACUGAGUUCUUCAGAAAGAUCUCGAUGGGAGACUGCAGGAGAUGGCUUGAAAAUUUCUCCGUCCCCCAGUUGAAAACGCAGGAGACAACAGCAUCACCAACCUCAGCCCCAGCUACAGCCCAAUCCAGGCCCCCAGCCAUCAUGCCCAUCGCCUGGAUCCUCCUGGUGACACUCACCUGCUUUACUAUCCUUGACAUCCUAGGCUCAGUCCAUUAUAUUACUAGUGAACUGGACAGUGCCCAGGUAAAUGACCUGGACUUCAUCUUUUCACAUCCAGCUGGAGAGUGCCCAGGUAAAUGAACCAGACACCACUGCUUCUCACUGCCAUGAACGGUGCCCAGCUAAAUGACCUGGAUGUCACUUUUCACACCACACUGGAGAGUGCCCAGCUAUAUGACCCAGAUGUCACCUUUUCACACUGCACUGGAAAAUACCCAGCUAAGUGACCCGAUGUCACCUAUUCACACCACAUUGGACAGUGCCAGGCUAAAUGACCCAGAUGUCACCUUUUCACACUGUACUAGACAGUGCUCAGCUAGGUGACCCAAGGUCACCUUUUUACACCACACUGGAAAGCGCCCAGGUAAAUGACCUGGACAUCACCCUCUCACACUGCACUCGAUAGUGCCCAGCUAAAUGACCCAAAGGUCACAUUUUCACACCGCAUGGGACUGUGCCCAGCUUAAUGACCCUGACGUCACCUUUUGACACUGCACUGGACAGUGCCAAGAAAAAUGACCUGGAUAUAACCUUUUCACUCUGAACUGGCGAGUGCCAGGUUAAAUGACCUAGAUAUCUCCUUUGCACACUGCACUGGAGAGUGUCGAGCUAAGUGACCUGGAUGUCAUUUUUGAACAUCACACUGGACAGUGCACAGCCAAAUGAUCCAAUAUCACCUUUCCACACUACACAGUAGAGUGCUCAGGUAAAUGACCUGGACAUCACCCUUUCUCACUGCCAUGAACAGUGCCCAGCUAAAUGACCCAGAUGUCACUUUUCACACCAAACUGGACUGUGCCCAGCUCAAUGACCUGAGGUCACCUUUUCACACUGCACUGAAUAGUGCACAGCUAAAUGACACGACAUCACCUUUUCUCACUGCCCUGAAGAGUGCCAAGCAAUAUGACCCAAACGUCACCUUUUCACACCACAUUGUAGAGUGCCCAGAUACAUGACCCAGUGUCCCCUUUUCACAAGGCACUGGACAGUGCCCAUAUAAAUGACCAGGACAUCAUCUUUACCCACUGCACCUUACAGUGCCCAGCUAAAUGACUCAGACUUUACAUUUUCAAACUGCACUGGACAGUGCCAAGAUAAAUGACCUGGCAAUUACCUUUUCACACCGCACUAGACAGUGCCCAAGUGAUGCAGAUGUCACCUUUUUACACUGCACUGGACAGUGCCCAGCAAAAGACCCGAAGUCACUUUUUCACACUGAACUGGACAGUGCCCAUCUAAAGGACCUGGACGUAAAGUUUUCUCACUUCACUAGACAGUACCCAGGUAAAUGACAAGGAUGUCACCUUUUAACAAUGCACUAGAGAGUGCCCAGAUAAAGGACCAGAUGUCACCUAUCACACUACAUUGGACAGUGCCCUGCUAAAUGAUCCGGAUGUCACCUUUUCAGAUGGUACCAGACAGUGCCAAGCUAAAUGACCAUGAUGUCAUCUUCCCACACCACACUGUACAGUGCCCAGAUAUAUGACCAAUGUCACCUUUGAACACCACACUAGACAGUGCCUAGAUUUAAUGACCCAGACAUCAUCUUUUCACACUGCAAUGGACAGUGCCCCGAUAAAUGACCCAGUCGUCACCCUUUCACACCGCACUGGAAGUGCUCAGGUAAAUGACCCAGAUGUCACCCUUUCUCACUGCCCAAAAAGUAACCAGCUUAAUGACCCAGAUGUCACUUUUCACAUCACACUGGACUAUGCCCAGCUGUUUGACCCGGACGUCACCUUUUCACACUGCACUGGACAGUACUCAGCUAAGUGACCCGAUGUCACCUAUUCACAACACACUGGACAGUGUCCAGCUAAAUGACUCAGAUAUCACCUUUUGAAACCACACUGGACAGUGCCUGACUAAACAACCCAGACUUCAACUUUUACAUUGCACUGGACAGUGCCAAGGUAAAUAACCCAAGUCACCUUUCCACAGUGCACUGGACACUGCCAGACUAAAAGUGCUGGACGUCACCUUUUCACACUACACUAGUGAGUGCCCAGCUAAGUGACCCAAAUUUCACCUUUUCACACCAUACUUGACAGUGCCAAAUUUAAUGACCCUGAUGUCACCUUUUUAAACCACACAGUAUAGUGCAGCUAAAUGAAUGGAGGUUAUUUUUUCACACCAUAGAAGACAAUAACCAGGAUGUCACCUUUCACACUGCACUGGACAGAGCCCAGCUAAAUUACCUGGAUGUCAACCUUUAACACUGCACUGGACUGCAUCUAGCAAAAUGACCUGGAUGUCACUUUUUCACACCACACUGGACGGCGCCCAGAUAAAUGACCCUAUGUCACGUUUUCACACCACACUGGACAGUGCCCCAUCAAAUGACCUGGACAUCACCAUUUCACACCACAUUGGACGUUACCCAAAUAAAUGACCCAGACAUCACAAUUUCACACCCCACUGGACAGUGCCGGCUAAAUGACGUGGACAUCACCUAUCACACCACACUGGAUGGUGCCCUGCUAAGUGACCCAGACAUCACCAUUUCACACUGCACUGUGCAGUCACCAACUACAUAACCCAGACAUCACCGUUUAAGACUGCAAGGGACAGUGCCCAGCUAAAUGACCCGAUGUCACCUUUUCACACUGCACUGGACAGUGCCCAGUUAAAUGACCCAGAUGUAACCUUUUCUCACUGUACUGAACACUGCCAACUAAAUGACCUGGACAUGACCUUUUCACACCACACUGGACAUUGCCCAGAAAAUUGACCUGGAUGCCACCUUUUUACAUCACGCUGGACAGUGCCAAGCUAAAUGACCCUGAUGUCACCUUUUCACACUGCACUGGACAAUACCCAGCUAAAAGAAUCGAUGUCACCUUUUCACACUGCACUGACAGUGCCCCAUCAAAUGACCCGGAUGUAACCUUUUCUCACUGAACUGCACAGUGCAAAGCUAAAUCACAUGGAUGUCACCUUUUUGCAGAGCACUGGAUAGUGCCCAGCUAAAUGACCCAGACGUCACCAGUUCUCAGUACCCUAAACAGAACCCAGCUAAAUGAUCCAGAUGUCACAUUUUCACACCACACUAAACAGUGCCAAGGUAUACGACCGAAACUUCACCUUUUCACACCGCUCUGGAGAGUUCCUAGCUAAAUGAUCCAGAUGUUACCUUUUCACACUGCACUAAACAGUGCCAGCUAAAGGACCCGAUGUCACCUAUUCACACCACACUGGACAGUGCCCCGCUAAAUAACCUGGAUGUUACCUUUUCACACCACACUGAGUAGUGCCCCGUUAAAUGACCCAGACAUCACCCUAUAUCACUGCGAGGGACAGGGCCCAGCUAAAUGACCCAGAUGUCACCUUUUAACACUGCACUGGACAGUGCCCCACUAAAUGACCUGAACAUCACUUUUUCACACUGCACAGGAUAGUGUCAAGAUAAAUUACCUGGAUGUUACCUUUUCACACAGCACUGGACAGUACCCAGCUAAGUGGCCCAGAUGUCACCUUUUCACACUGCCCUGGACAUUGUCUAGCUAAAUGAAUCAGAUGUCACAUUUUCACUCCACACUAGACAGUGCCCAGCCAAAUGACCUGGAUGUAACCCUUUCACCUUGCACUGGAGAAUGCCCUGCUAAAUGACCCAAACAUCACUUUUUCACACUGCACUGGACAGUGCCAAGUUAAAUGACGUGGAUGUUACCUUUUCCCAUCGCACUGGUCAGUGCCUGGCUAUGUAACCCAGGUGUCACCUUUUCACAGAUCACUUGAUACUCUAAGUGACCCAGAUGUCACCUUUUCACACUGCAGUGAACAGUUCCCAACUUAAUGACCUUGAUAUCACCUAUUCUCACCACACUGUAUAGAUCCCAACUAAAUGACCCGAGGUCACCUUUUCACAAGGCACAGGACAGUGCCCAACUAAAAGACCUGGACAUCACCACUUCACAACGCACUGGACACUGCCCCGCUACAUGACUCAGACUUUACCUCUUCAUUCCACACUGAUCAGUGCCCAGCUAAAUGAUUUGGACGUCACCUUUUCACACCACACCGGAAAGUGCCCAGCUAAAUGACCCAGACAUCGCCUUUUCACACUGUACUGGACAGUUCCCAACUUAAUGACCCUGACGUCAUCUUUGAACACCACGUUGUACAGUCCCCAGCUAAAUGACCCAAGAUCAUCUUUUCACACCAUAGUGGACAGUGAACACAUAAAUGACUCGGAUGUCUCCUUUUCACACUGCACUCUACAGUGCGCAUCUAAGUGCCCCAAGCUCACCUUUUCACACUACACUGGACGGUGCCCAGCAAAAUGACCCAAGGUCACUUUUUCACAGAACACUGGACAGUGCCCAACUUAAUGAUGUCCCCAUUUCCCAUGACACUGUAUAGUGCCCAGGUAAAUGACCUGAGGGUACAUUUUUACACUGUACUAGCCAGUGGACAUCUACGGACCAUGACAUAACUGUUUCAUACUACACUGGAAAGUUUUAAUCUAAAUCACCUGAGAUAACCUAUUCACACCACACUGGACAGUGCCCAGCUAAAGGACCUGUAUAUCACCUUUUCACACUGCACUGUACAGUGCCCAGCAAAUUUACCUGAUGUCACCGUUUCACAUCACAGUGGACAGUGCCUUGCUAAAUGACGCAAAUGUCACCUUUUCACACAGCACUGGAAAAUGUCCAAUUAAAUGAGCUUGACGUCAUCUUUUCACACUGCACUGGAGAAAGUCAGGCGAAAUGACCCAGAUGUCACCAUUUCACACCACACUGGACAGUGCCCAGCUACGUGACCCGCUGUCACCUUUUCACUGCGUAAUGGACAGUGCCUGGAUAAAUGACCUGGAUGUCACAUUUUCACACUGCAUUUCAUCGUGCCAAGAAAAUGACCAUGAUGUUAUCUUUUCAUACCACCCUGGACAGUGCCCAGGUGAAUAACCAAGAUGUCACCUUAACAUGCUGCACUAAACAGUGCCAGGCUUAAUGACACAGAUGUCACCUUUUCACACCACACUGGACACUACCCAGAAAAAUGACCAAGGUCCCCUUUUCACACUGCAAUGAAUAGUGGCCAGUUAAAUGACCAAGACAUCACUCUUUAUCACUGCCUGGGAUGGGGCUCAGCUAAAUGACCUGGGCGUGACCUUUUCACAUUGCACUUGACAGUCCCCACUAAAUGACCCGGACAUUAUCUUUUCACACUUUCUGGACAGUGCCCAGCUAAUUAACCAGAUGCCACCUUUUCACACCACACUGGACAGUGCCUGGCCAAAUGACUUGGACGUCAUCUUUUCAUACUGCACAGGACAGUUCCAAGGACUGUUUGAAAAGGACAUCACCUUUUCAAACUGCACUGGACAGUGCCUGGCUAAAUGAUCCAGAUGUCUCCUUAUCACACCAAACUGGACAGUUCCCAGCUAAAGGACCCAGAUGUCAUCUUGUAAAACUGCACUGGACUGUUCCCAGCUAAAUGACCUGGAUGUAACAUUUUCACUCCACAAUGGACCGUGCCCAGCUAAAUGACUUGGAUGUCACCUUUUCACACCGCAGUGGACAAUGCCCCCCCUAAAUGACCUGAACAUCACUUUUUCACACUGCACUGGACGGCGCCAAGAUAAAUGAUCUGGAUGUUACCUUUUCACACUGCACUGGAAAACUCCCAACUUCUUCACUCUAAUGUCACCUUUUCACACCACACUAUACAGAGCACAGCUAAAUGACCCAAAAAUCACCUUUUCACACCACACUGGACAGUGCCCAGUGAAAUGACCUGGAAGUCAUCCUUCUCCACUGCAUUCCACAGUGCCAAGGUCAAUGACCCGGACAUCACCAUUUCACACCACACUGUACAGGGCCCAGCUUAAUGACCCAGAUAUCACCUUUUCACACUGCACAGGACAGUGCCCAGUGAAAUGACCUGGAU